AUGCCGUCGACGACGACCGUUCUUCCCUCCCCCGUGCAGACGGGCAUCGUCUCGUCCUGCACGGCAUGGUAUCAAGCUACGGAUGGAGACGAUUGCGAUUUGAUCGUGGAUGAAUUCGGCACUUUCGCCAAGUCGGACUUUAUCGCCUGGAACCCGGCCGUGCAGUCGGAUUGCUCUGGUCUUGUCAUUGGCGACUACUACUGCGUGGCUGUUCCCGGGACGCCGGCGACUCGAACCGCAUCUGCGAGCCCUAUGCCGACGCCUUCGACGCCGGCCGGUACUGUCUCUGAUUGUGCAGACUACUGGUUGGUGGGAGAGAAUGAUAACUGCACGACGAUUACAACGGCCAGCGGCAUCUCCCUCGAUGACCUGGUGGCCUGGAACCCUUCGAUUAAGCCGGAUUGCAGUGGUUUGGCUCCCAAUACCUAUAUUUGCGUGGGUGUUCCCAGCAAUGCCAGCACAACCUCCAGCUCCUCUCUCUCUGCCUCUCCCACGGGAACAAUCACUGCUUCAGUCUCAACCACUCCCACGACAACCUCCGCGGCUACCGGAGCGACUCCGUCCCCAGUCCAGACGGACAUGGUCAACGGCUGCAUCCGCUUCUACUACGUCCAGCCCAACAACGACUGCUACGACAUCGCCCUGGACGCCGGAGUCUCGCUAUCGGACUUUUACUCGUGGAAUCCCGCCGUCAAGUCGGAUUGCUCCGGUCUCCAGGCAAGCGUCUUCGUCUGCGUUGGGGUGUCGGGAUACGCAACGACCAUUACUACGGGCACGCCGAUCCCUGCGACUCCCACGCCAACCCAGAGCGGAAUGGCCUCCAAUUGUCGUCGUUUCUAUGAUGUGCAGAGUGGAGAUGGAUGUCCUGAUCUUGCUUCACAGGCGGGUGUUGCUUUGACAGACUUCUACAAUUGGAAUCCCGCCGUCAGCACAGAUUGCUCCGGCCUGCAGGCUUCUGUCUUUGUAUGCAUCGGGACUGCUGGGCCGGUCACAACCAUCACCAGUGGGACUCCGAUAGCUGCAGCUACAGCAACUAGCUAG